AUGUCGGGACCGAACGGGGAGCCGCACGUGCCGGUGGGCGGCGCCGGCGGCACCGACGGCGGCGGCGACAACGAACGCGGGGAAUACGCAGCAAUAAACUCCAUGCUGGACCAGAUCAACUCCUGCUUGGAUCACCUGGAGGAGAAGAAUGAUUAUCUACACGCCUGCUUGAAAGAACUGCUGGAGUCCAACCGCCAGACCCGCCUGGAGUUCCAGCAGCAGAGUGAGCAGCAGAACAUGGAAGCUGAUGCGCAGGGAUCACAGCCUCCCGUCUAG